AUACCUGACACUUCCUGUGCGAUUUUGUGUAAGAGACAUUUGUGUUUUCCGAGCCUUUUUUUUUUUGUUUCUUUCAGUUGGUGCUAAAUAUAUUUUGGACGCCGCGCGUUGAAUUACGCAGUAGGCUAUGCCACUCAGUGGAGAUGAAAUGAGCUUUGUGGUAGGCUAAAUGUGACGGAUUUCAUAUUUCUGGAGUAGUCCAAAUCGUUGGUCACGCCUCGUGGAAGGCUGGGUUACCGUAGCAUUCGUAAUGUGGUGUCAUUCCUCAUUGCUGCUUUCUGGCAGACUUUUUGAUACACAAGGAACUCUGCCUCCAGCAGUGAUUUCACCUCCCGACAUGACACACCACUGCUCAGGCAUGUCUGAUGGGUCAUAUGUGAGGCCCACCUGAGGGCCGGCGUUGCCCUCUUGCACCCCCAGGCCCGCCUGGCCCCCCACGCCAGCAUGUACCGGAGGGACGGCCUGUCGGAUGGAGCCAGCAUCACCUCUGCCACCUCGGAGUGUAGCAGCAGCACAGAGUCUCUGGAUGGGCCCGGGCUGGACUACGCCAAGAGCUACGAUGCCGUCGUUUUCGACGUGCUUAAGGUCACACCGGGAGAGUUUGCGAGUCAGAUCACACUGAUGGAUGCCCCAGUGUUCAAGGCCAUCCAGCCAGAGGAGCUUGCCAGCUGUGGAUGGAACAAGAAGGAGAAGCACAGCCAGGCGCCUAACGUGGUGGCUUUCACACGCCGAUUCAAUCAGGUGAGCUUCUGGUUGGUGAGAGAAAUACUCACAGCUCAGACACUGAAGAUUCGGGCAGAGAUCCUGUGCCAUUUUAUCAAAAUAGCAAAGAAACUAAUGGAGCUGAACAACAUUCACGGGCUGGUAUCCGUGGUCUCUGCCCUGCAAAGUGCACCAAUCUUCAGACUCAGUAAGACCUGGGCGCUGAUUAGCCGCAAGGACAAGGCCGCAUUUGACAAGCUGAAUUAUCUGACUUCUAAGGAGGAGAACUACAGUCGCUUGAGGGAGUACAUCAGGUCUCUGAAGAUGGUGCCAUGCAUCCCUUACUUGGGGAUGUACCUCCUGGACAUGAUCUACAUCGACUCGGCCUAUCCCGCCUCGGACAGCAUCCUAGAGACGGAGCAGAGAACCAAUCAGAUGAACAAUCUCCUGCGGGUGAUCUCAGAUCUCCAGGUGUCCUGCAAGUAUGAUCACCUCGUGACCCUUCCCCAUGUGCAGAAGUACUUGAUGUCAGUGCGCUACAUUGAGGAACUUCAGAAGUUUGUGGAGGAUGACAACUUCAAGUUGUCUCUGAAGAUCGAGCCAGGAAAUAGUUCACCACGCAUGGCCUCGUCUAAAGAAGAUCUUGCAGGUCCCUCGGAGGUGUCCGCUUCCGUGAGGUAUAACCGCCGCAGGCCCACCUGUCCGGACGCGUCAGUGGCCGUUUACAUGCCCACCCCUCCCCCCUCACGCCACAGGAAGAGCCACAGCCUCGGCAACAACAUGAUGUACCAGUUUGGUGUUGUGGAGAGCAAGAGUGCGACGCUACCCUUUGAGAAAGCUCGCCACCUGCUGGAUGACAGCUUCCUGGAGUCUCAGAGUCCUGCUAGACACCACCCCGCCAACGCAUCCUUCACCAACGGCUUAUCGCUCGCAGACAGCAGUGAAAGCUCCUUCUAUGAAGACUUGUCAUCCGGAGUAGAAAGGGGGCGCAUGUACGCCACUCUAGGCCCCAACUGGAGGGUCCCCCCACGCCUUCCCCCCAAGAGCUGCAGUUAUAUCUACAGCCCCUCGCCACUGGACGCAGUGUGCGGAGCCUCGGAGGCGGGGAACGUCACCAUGGAGGGUCCCCUGAGACGGAAGACCAUGAUGAAGAGGGGCAAGAAGCCCAGGCUGUCGUCAUGGACACGGUUCUGGGUGUCUCUCUCCGGCUCAACCCUGAGCCUCUACGGGACCAAAGCGCUGCGGGCCUCCGAGAGGAAGCAUUACAAAUCAGCUCCCUGUAAAACGGUGUCCGUGAUUGGCUGGAUGGCGGUUCUGCCAGACAACCCGGCAAGGCCCAACAUCUUCCAGUUGAACGACCCAGACAAAGGGAAUGUUUACAAGUUCCAGACGAGCUCCAGGUUCUCAGCCAUCCUCUGGCACAAAAGCCUGGAAGAGGCGAGCAGGAGCAACAAACCCAAGACACCAGCCAAUCUCAUGUCCUUUGAGUGAAAAGGAACACCCCCCCCCACCACCACCACCCACCCUUCACCCUCUUCCCCUCUCCAAGUGAAAGCCCCCUUCUGCCUUUCGGGGGGCACAUCAGUGCCAAAGCUCUUUGAUGACGACGAACACGCGUGGACACCCAGGCGGAGGGGUCGGAGAGGAGCACAGAUGGACGUGCGUGUGCUGGCAGCAGGCAGAGGACAGACUGACUCUUGCUAUUGGCUGCUGCCGCCGCUGAUGCUGCUGCUGCUGCUGCUGUUGCUGCUGUGCUUGCGAUACAUGCUGAAGGUCUCCCCUUCGCUAGAGGACAAGCGGAGUUCCUGCUCACACACCUCUCUCUAUCUUAUCCCACCUCAGUCCCCCCUCCCCCAGCCUUAUAUGGAUGCUUUCUGCCGUCGUGUAUAUGUGUAUGUGAGUGUGUGCGAAGACGUCUGCCUGUACAGUACAUGCCUCUACUGCAAAAUGUCAAUGGGCACGUACUACUGUAUAGCCCAUGUUGGGUUGCCUAGAAGUGGAGUUUGGAUGUGAUGCAUAAGCUAACAAGGGAAGACAUUUGUUCAGUGUUAGUUGAGAGGACGUCUGCCAAAGGUCUGGCUUUGGAUCAAAUGGGAGUCGCCCCCCCCUUGCCCUGCUUGUAUUUUACUGGGCUAUUUUAAUAGUCUAUUGCAGAUCCAACAGAUUCACCUGCACAAUAUUUAUUUGUAAAUCUUGAGGUACUUAGAGAAAUACUAAAGGAAAAGUCGUAAAUCCAUCCUUGGAAAAACUUGAAAUUUUCCACUCGUCAUCUCACGUGUUAAGAGUCAUAUGAACUGUCUGCACAUGACAAUUGGGACAUGCAACUUGAAUUUGCUCGAGAAUUAUGUAGUUAUUACUUGCGCUGAGACAUAGACACAGUCUUGUGUUACUAAAUGGUUUGCUCUGUCUUAAUCUCCAUUAUAGCCUUAAAACUGGACAUUUAUAUGGUCGACUCUGCAUUCUCCAGUACAGGCAUGUAAAACAGGGCGAGAGCAAUAAAUGUUCAUUUAGCUCCACAAAUUCACCAGUCCUGGUCCCACAAAGUAGAUGAUCACCUAAGAUAAGAUGAAUUUGUUUGGAACGCUCACACAUCAAGGUGUCUUAUAGCGCAUAUUAGGAAACCAGUGUAUUGUUUUACUUUACAGCAUUCAGUACUGCCAGUAUGGUGGUGCAAGUUCUGUACAGCUGUGAACAUACAGUAGUCUCACAAUUUCGGCCAGGACAAAACCUGUUUGUAAAAAAAAGUCAUCAAUCCAGUAAGCCGUUACUAGAACUGAUGCAAAUCAAGCUGUUAACUGUGAAGAAACUGUCAGUAAGAUCGGUACCACAAGUUUAUUAAGCUACUUUAGCUACUUUUUGUUGUUCGUUUCAGUCGUGAGCUUGUAAAUGAACGCAGUAGCAGUGUUACAAAGUGAUUUUGUUUCAUAUCACUGGAAUGUGCUUUUGGAAAUUUUGUUAAGCUACAUUAGUUGUUCACCUUAAAUGUUAGGAAGAUUUAAAAAGAAAUCUCAAUGAAGAAUAAUCAAAUAGUUUAGUUAGUGAAGGCUGUCUUAAAGUUUUCAUGGAACUGGAAAUUUAUCAUUGAAGGAAAAAAAUAACUUAAUUGCCUGUAAUAUUGUAAACGGGCUAACUUGCUCUGAUUGACUGAUUUAAAAUCCAAAUGAAGUAAAAAUUGCCAUUGUGCUAUGCAUGGUGUCAAAACGCCCUUCCAUUAAAUGUUUCAAGGCUAAUUUGAGACAAUCAGAAUAACUCUUUAAAGGCGUGUUUCUGAAUGUAUGGGUUUAAGUUGAGUUUUUAUUUAUUUUUUAUAUCAUUGCAACCACUUCUCUGUGAUUCAGUGUGUUUUUUUUUAUAUAUAGUGGUGUGCCACAUGAACAGGCUUGAAAAAUAAUGCUUUUUGUGGAAGCUGUACAAAGUGUAAGCAUUUGCACAGACACUGUUAGGAUAGACACAUCCUUGCAAGUAUCAAUACAUACAGUACACACACAAAAAGCCUUUCCCUUUGGAAGUCGUCGUAAUACACUGAGACACCUUCAAUAACCAGAGAUCUUUCAUAAAACCGGGUAUGAUCAACAGACUGCUGUAGUUUCGGAUUACCUCUACAACACACCACACAGCUUGGACUUCACACAAGUUUCUAUUAGUUAUUUUUUUUUUCUGAUAGAGGUUUGUGCACGUUUAUUGCUGGCAUUAGCAGAUAGUUUCCUGCAUUAGUGAAAUAUCUGAAAAUAUUGUCAGUAAAUAAAUACUAAAUAUUUCCUCUGCAGAAACAUAUCCCGAUUAGCAAUAGCAUGAUUGACUAUAUUUUGUUAAAUUCAUGAAUGAAUGAAAAAGGCCAAAAUCAAAAUUAAUGUCCAAAAACAGUCUCUUUCUUUAAUGCAGGCCCCAAUUAACUUUCAUUUAAGUAAAGCUAACUUAUUGUCUAUGGGGAACCUGCCAUUACAGAGUGUCCUGACUUUAAGUAUGACAGCAGUGCCAGAAACUUUAUUUUUGUUUUAUUCAUAUUGGUUAGGAAUAGGAUCAGCUAACACCACUACCACCAAACUGUACUUUUCUCUAAACAGUCUUGCUGAUAUAUAAGUAUAAAUGUAUUUAUCAAUGUAUUUUGUUUCAUUUUUUACUUCAUAUUUGGACAUGUGCGUUUAUAUGAUUGUUUAUAUUUUGUCUAAACAUGUCUACAUGAUGUAGUAACGUGACAAUGCAUGUGAUUUAUGUUCAGCUAACACUUUGUAUUGCCAUAUUACUUUGUUUAAUGCCUCUUCGUUUGGGGGUUGUACAGUAUGUUGCUGUAUAUCAGCUUUAAAUGACACUGAAUUGUGUAUUAAAUGCCACUUAGCUAUA